AUGGACGUCGAUCGAUAUGAUGUAUUCAUCUUUGACUGUGACGGAGUCUUAUGAAAAGGCCCCUCUUCAAUUGCCGGAAGCUUUGAGUCCUUACAAAGACUCCAUUCUUUAGGCAAAAAGCUUUAUUUUUUAACGAAUAACUCAAGCAAAACUCCAGAAGAUCUACUAUCACAAUUAGGCUCAUAUGGAUAUCAAGCAUCUCCAAGCCAAAUUUAUUGUUCAGGCAUAUCAACAGCGCUCUACCUCAAAAUAAACCACCCUGAUAUAAAAAAACUUUACUUGAUUGGCUCAGACCAAUUUCGAUCAAUGCUAUUACGAUAUGAUUUUGAAAUAAUUCAUCAUUUGGAUAUAGAGCCAGCGCUUCUAGCAGCCCCUGAAGAUAUUACAAGGUUUGCUGAAAAUACCCCAGUUGAUGCUAUAAUUGUAGGGUGGGAUGUCAGGUUUACUUAUACAGCAGGUGCACUAGGGUCUGUCUAUAUUCAGAAUGGAGCAAAGUUUAUUGCAUCUAAUAGUGACGCUUAUUUUCCAAUGGGGAAAGGAAGAGAUAGGCCAGGCUGUGGGGCUAUCGUAGGGUUUUUGGAGAUUGCAACAAAUAAAAAGGCAGAAAUUGUGGCAAAGCCUAAGACUUUUAUUUUAGAUAUGAUUAUGGAAGAGAGCAAAGUCCCAAAAGAAAAGGUUGUCAUGGUUGGAGACUCAAUGGAAACAGAUAUUAGGAUGGCUUUUAAUGGAGGAAUUGAUUCAGUGCUGGUAUUAUCUGGCGCAUCACAGAGAGAAGAUUUACCAAGAUAUGAAUUUUCGCCAACACAUAUUUAUGAAAAUUUAGGAGGAAUAUUUAAUUAG